AAAAUAUCAGGAGGCGGUUCAACAAUCCAUUUUAUCUCAGGAAAUUAUACGGAAGUUGUUGUGUUUUACAGUUCUUUCAAAUAAGACACCAUUCACUGAAAUCAUGUCCUCUAUCAUUUUAUUAUUAUUUUUAGUGAGUUUAAGUCCAGUAUUUCCAAGAAAAAGAGAAUACACAAUCUGUGAUAAUGAAGAGUGCAAAUACGUUGCUAAUUUAAUUUUGAGUGGAAUGAAUCAAACAGUAAAUCCCUGUGAAGAUUUUUAUAGUUUUGUAUGUGGGUCUUGGUCCAACAAUCAUCCAGUUCCAAAAACAAAGGAAAAAUGGAAUCUUAAUACAAUGCUUGAUGAAAAAAUACAAAUUGAUUUGAAAAGUAUUUUAGAAGUAGAUAUAACAAACAAUGACACACUGGCGUUACAAGUAGAAAAACAGUGGUAUGCUGCAUGUAUGGAUGAAGAAAGACUUCGAAAGAAAGGAUUUGAACCAGUUACAAAAUUAUUAGAAAAUGUAGGUGGAUGGCCAUUGGUUUGUAAUGAUUGUAAAUGGAAUGAAUAUGAAUUCUCUUGGCAGAAAGUGGCAAAAUAUUAUGCAGGCUUUUUUGGAGAAUACAGUUUAUUUUCUAUUAGUAUCGAUUCUCUUCCUAAUAAUUCGACCAUAAAAGUUUUAACGUUGGAUCGAACAAGUUAUUCUUUAUUUCGUACCCUACUACCAAUUGGCAUUGAUGAAGAUGAUUAUUACGACGGAAAUAUUGAAAAUGAUGAUAACGAUGAUGAUUCUAUUUAUAUGGAAGAAGAAAAAAAACUUUUGAUAACAGUAGUGAAAGCUUAUGCCAAAUCAAUUGGAAUGACAAAAGAGAUUAAUAAUAAGGAAAUUCAAAAAGUGAUCAAUUUCAAAAAAAUGUUAAAAAAGAUUAAGAGAGUCCACUCAACUAAUAAUUCAUCUUUAAUGACUAUUUUUGAAUUGCAACAAUUCUAUGAUGAACAUAAUACUGGAUCUUCUUCAUCGAAGAUCAAUUGGUUGGAAAUUUUUCGAGCUCUAUCAGUAAAUUCAGACAUAAAAAUUAAUGAUGAUGAAAAACUGUUACUUUUGGAUAGAGGAUAUAUUAUCAAAUUAGCUAGACUUUUAAGUCAAAUAUCUCACAAAACAAUUGUUAAUUACAUUCAUUGGACAUUUGUUAAGGAUUCUUUGAAAUAUUUGGAUAAAGAGAAGAGACAAUGGUACUCGAAUUCGUUGAACACGAUUUAUGGAAUUAAAGAAGACAAAAAACGAUGGGAAUAUUGCAUUGAACACUUACCUCUUGUUCAUGGCUAUAAUCAAGCUUACAUAAAAAAAUACUUUUCCGAAAGUUCAAAAGUAAUUGCUAGCAAAAUGGGUGAUGAAUUACGCGAAGGAGUUGAAAAACAAAUAAAUCGAGCCAAUUGGAUGGAUGAAAAUACAAAAUUUGUAGCUCAACAAAAACUUAAAGCUAUGAAAUUUCAUAUUGGCUAUCCUGAAACAUUCAAAAAUGAAACAUUUUUUGAUCACGUUUACGAUGGUCUCAAAUUGGGACCAGAUUAUUUUAAAAAUGUUUUAAGUUACUUUAUACAUGGUACAAAACAAUCGUGGGAUGUAUUUAGAAAUUCAGCUGAAAAAAAUGAGUUUGCUAUUUUGCCAACAACUGCUAAUGCCGUUUACUAUAUGCCCGACAAUGCUCUAACUAUACCUGCUGCUCAACUCAAAUCACCUUUAUUCAAUGCUGCAUUACCAACGGCUGUUAAUUAUGGAUCUACAGGUUUUAUUAUGGCUCAUGAAAUUUUUCACGGUUUUGAUAAUGAGGGUCGAAUGUAUGAUAAAAAUGGAAAUAAAUUGAAUUGGUGGUCAGAUAGGAUGAUUGAAUUAUACAAAGAAAAAUCAAAAUGUUUUGUUGAACAAUUUAAUAACUACAAGAUAAAUGGAGAACUUACCGAAGGAGAAAAUAUUGCAGACACCGCUGGAUUAAUAACGGCGUUUGAAGUGUACAAAAAUAAAAUAAGAAAACACAAUAUUAAUGAUAAAAUACUUCCUGGACUUCAAAAUAUAAGUAGAAAACAACUCUACUUUAUUUCAUUUGCUUCUACAUUUUGCGAUAGUUUAACGCCCGAAUAUAGAGAACAAAUGAGAAAAAAAGAUGAACAUUCAACAACAUAUUUUCGAAUAAAUGGAGCAGUUUCAAAUAGUGAAGAAUUUUCACGAGCUUUUAGAUGUUCGAAAAAUUCUCCAAUGAAUCCAGAGCGGAAAUGCAAUAUUUUAAAAUAAUAAUUUUUUACUGAAAAGUAUUAUAAUAAACCACUAUAGUUAAUAAAUUAUAAAUGAAGAAUCGAUUAUUAUUAUAUUUUAGUAUAUUGAAUAAAUGUAAAUCAUUAUGAAAAGUUUAA